GGCUGUUUGGUCCGUCUGCACGAUCAGUAGCGUAAACAAUCUUGAACUUGACAGUUUGUUGAAAGUGUCGAAAGCGCACACAACACAUCCCAACAGCAUCUCGCUCAAUUGCCGGUAUUUUAUGAACGUAAAAAUACGAAACGAACUAGAGAAAGAAAAAUUCAAAUAAAAUAACGCAAAACUACAUAAAACUAAAUAAAUAAAUAUUUACAUAUUUAGAUUGUCUUGUGCAAUUUUAAGUUGUAAAAUAAAAAUAGUUUCUUGCAUACAGAAAAUUUUUUUUGCAAAAUUUACAAAAUAAAAAAACAAGGAAACAACAAGCAUAAAAAAGUGUCUAAAAAUAUUAUUUUUUGUAUCUUUUGAAACAAGAAAAAAAAAUUAUUAUAAUUGAAAGAUUUUUUACUCUGGAGAUUAAAAAAAAAAAAAGAUUAAGUGGUUUGACUAACAAAAUGUGGGCUUUGAAAAAGAACAACUCAUUUAGUUCCGUGUGGCUUAUAAUGACAGUCACCGUUUUGUUGCCUUUAACACAUGGACAGGCAUAUCAUUUUAUAAUCGGUCAUCAUCAGCGUAACUUCGAUCAAUUGUAUCGGGAACCAAAUAGUAGAAACUACGUAGCAGACACCACAAAUUAUACGGAUACCUCAUCAACAGCUGAUUUGGAAAAUAGCAAUUCAACAAUUAUUGUUACCACCGUACGUGAAUCGAACGAAUUAUCACAAACUGCCAUGGAUAUCAUAACGAUUGUUUGGUAUGUGGCCACAUUUUUGGCUUUGGCUGCAUUCUUUUUGCUCAUGGCUUGCUCGGAUAGACGUUGCAGUGAUACCCAACGUAAUGCCAAUAUGAAUACAAAUGAAAACCCGAUACCGCCGCCCACACCCUCGCCCUCAUACAGUGAAUUUGCCCCGCCCAGCUAUGACAGUGUCAUGAAAAUGCAACAUGCCAGCAAGAAUAGUAUUUUUGUUAUACCAUUUCCAGUGGAACAAAAUGGCGCCAAAGAUGGUGGUAAUAAUGUAAGCACAAAUACCAAUGGAAAUAAUACGACAACUAAUGGCCAGUCCCUAACACCCAAUAUUAGUUUUUACACCAUCAAUGAAUUGCAAAAAAUGGAAAGUUAAUUUCACAAUUAUAAAUAAUUUUAUACUUUUUUUGUGAGAAAAGUAUAAGAAUUGUUUUUGGUGACAUUAUUUAAACAUUUCAAACAAACAUCUGUGAUAUUUUCGGGCAUUUGUAUUCAUUUAGUUAAACAGCUGUUAGAAAUUCUAUUCACUUCAUAUAGCAGGUCUAAAGUCAAAACCACUUGGUUGGUCAUUAUUUUUAGCUAAAUUUAGUAUUACUAGUUCCAAAGUAAUUUAAUUUAUGAAAUUUAGUUUCAAUGUGUGUCUGAGUACUUAAUUUUGCUUUGUUAAAUGAAUAGCCCUAAGUAUUUGUAUUUAUAUGUAUAAUGAUAAGACUGAUUAAAUCAUAUCUUUAGUUAAGUAGUUGUCACUUUAUCUACUAGAUACAUACAUACAUAUGUAUGUAGGUAUGUUGUUCUGUGCUUUAAACCAAUUUUGUUUUAAGUAUUAAGUUUAUUUUUUGUAUUAUUAAGGAAAUAAAGUGUGCACUUAAAAAAUAAUCAUAAUAAAACGUUAUAAAUUAAUAAA